AUAGUAAAGAAAUUGCUAUUGCAAUGCCACUGUCAUUAACAGAAUUCGUUGUUAAUAAAAAGCAUUCAUUUUUAAAUAUAAUAAGCUGUCAUCCUUCUUUUGUUACAGAACUAUAUUAUAUUUGUCCUUGGUGUACGCCACAGGCAGCGUGUUUAUAUCACUAGCAGCAAUGCCACCAGUCAAUUUACCACCAUUAACAUUCACGAUAAUAGCGUUACUUCUGAUAGCGUUCGGAACGGGUGGCAUAAAACCUUGCGUGUCAGCAUUUGGUGGAGACCAGUUUAAGCUGCCUGAGCAGGAGAAGUACCUCGGAUACUUCUUCUCCCUUUUCUACUUCUCUAUUAACGCAGGCAGCCUUCUUUCGACUUUUCUUACUCCUAUUCUAAGGGCAGACGUUCACUGUUUCGGCGAAAAUGAUUGCUACUCGCUCGCUUUUGGAGUACCUGGAAUAUUAAUGAUUAUUUCUAUCUUAUUUUUCUUGGCCGGUAAACGAAUGUAUAUCAUCAAGAAUCCUUCUGGAAAUAUCUUCGGCAGAGUUUCCUCUUGCAUUGGACGUGGUGUUGUAAAAUCAAUCAAAAGCAAAGAGAAAAGGGAGCACUGGUUGGAUCAUGCGGAUGACAAAUACGAGAAAACUCUCAUAGAAGAUAUAAAGGGUCUACUGAGGGUGUUAGUACUUUAUAUACCAUUACCAGUAUUUUGGGCCCUGUUUGACCAGCAAGGUUCAAGAUGGACUUUCCAGGCUGACAGGAUGAGACAAGACAUCGGCAGUUGGACCCUGAAGGCCGAUCAAAUGCAAGUUUUGAAUCCACUGCUUAUUCUUCUUUUCAUCCCUAUAUUCGAAGUGGCUGUGUACCCCUUCCUUUAUUGGUGUAAAUUAAUAAGAAAACCAUUACACAAAAUGAUUUGGGGUGGCAUACUAGCUGCCUGUGCUUUUGUCAUUUCUGGAAUUGUAGAACUCAGCUUGCUGCCGACAUAUGGUACUCCGGUUGUCGCAGGGUUAGCGCAACUCAGAAUGUAUAACGGAUUUAAUUGCAACUUCACUUUGAAUGUUCCACAUUUACACGGUAAUGAAACUGGUGGGACCAUUUUACCUCUUUCAGUGUAUGAACACCUAAACAUAGAAACCGACGACUUCCUAGACUUGCCAUAUAGUUUACAGAGUCUAGGAACCGGCGAUUGCGCCGACAUAGCCUACAAUGGUCACUUGCAUCUGAAGGAGAAAAUAGCGAAUUCUUUCUUCGUUUCUAGAACUGAAGUUUUUAAUUUUACGGACAAUAACAAUAAGGCCAUCGACAGUGUUAAUGUCAGAUUUUUAUCAAACGUGAAUAAAAUUGCUCAAAUAAAAUUAGUGGAGACACAAAAGAACAGAACAAAAUUGACUUUGAAUAGCGAUGAUAUCACACAGAAGUCUAUUGAUGCGGGAACUUAUGAUAUUGUCGUCGACGGACAGACUAUACUGGCGGCCACCACUCUCAGAGUGGGUGCGGUCUACACUAUCAAUGUAUAUCAAGAUAACAAUGGAACAUAUAUGGCGAAUCCUUUGAUGAUAACUCCUUGGAACUCCGUCCACAUACUUUGGUUGGUGCCUCAAUACAUAGUGAUGACUAUGGGCGAGGUGAUGUUUUCCGUCACCGGUCUAGAGUUCUCCUUCACCCAAGCGCCAGCCAGCAUGAAGUCCGUCCUGCAGUCUAUAUGGUUACUCACUGUGGCGUUCGGAAAUCUUAUCGUCGUACUCAUUGUGGAAGGAAACUUUUUAGAUGCUCAGUGGAAAGAGUUCUUCCUUUUCGCGGGUCUGAUGUUAGUAGACAUGUUGAUAUUCACCGCUAUGGCGUUCCGUUACAAAUACGUGGAGCUCAAGUCCAGCACCGAGGACUUACAGGUGGAAGAGAUCAGACUGCCGGAGAAGAUGAGCCAGAGAGACGAUUGAUUUUAUCUAG